AUGUCAUGGAAUAUUGCUCGUACUAAACGCCCAUAUUCUGAUGAAGAAUUUGUUAAGAAUAUAGCUGAAGUUGUUGCAGUGUUAUACCCAAAUAACAUAAGACUUCAGCGACUAAUAGCACAAACACCAAUUCCAUGCCAACCUACAGGAAAGCGCAUCUCUCAGAUCAGUGCUGAUGUUGCAGGCAAAAUGCAAAAUGAUUUUAAAAAUUCUCUUGCAUUCGGCUUAGCUCUUGACGAACCAACAAACAUACAAGACAACCCACAACUGGCAGUAUUUAUUCGUUAUGUUUUCUCUGAUGUAACAUGA